UCUUUCCAGACUCUUCCAUUCCCCGCAUUCACGAAAACGGUCACUAGUAAAAGAAAAAGAGAGAGGAAAAACUAUCCAACGGUUACAAAUGAAAAGACACUGUUUCCUUCUCGGCCUUGUCUUCCUCGUGGCGGCUGUCUCUGCCGCUGGUCCUGGCCUGGGAGGUGGUGGUGAUUUGGUAGGAGGAUGGGGUCCGAUCAAUAACUUGACAGACCCUCACGUGGUGGAGAUCGGAAAGUUUGCAGUCAGGGAAUACAAUAAGCGAUCAAAGACUAAUCUGGAGCUUAAGAGCAUUGUCAAAGGCGAAUCUCAGGUUGUUGCCGGUACGAAUUAUAAGCUUGUUUUGGCCGUAAGCGGUGGAGACAGCAAGAAAUAUGAGGCGGUUGUUUGGGAGAAGCCAUGGGAGAAGUUUAGGGAACUGACAUCGUUUAAGCCUGUUCGAGGUUAAAUUUUACUAAUUUGUGUGUUAGGGUUUGUGAGUUUAAAUUUCAUGUUCGAGAGAUGCUAAUGUGAUGUUUUGUAUGUUUUUCUCAUGUUUAAGGUAUAUUCUGAUAAAUAAAAACGGAAAAACCAGUUUAAAUUA